GGGACUCCAGCUCUGCAGGAGAGGCAGACAGGGAGGGACGGAGGGAGCUGCUCCUCGCUGCUCUCUCCUCCCUUUGAGCUUCCCAGUGCUCUGCCUGUGCCGAGGCCUGAGGCAUGGGGACCAGGGGAUGGAUGCUCUCCGCCUUCCUGGGAUGCUGCGCGUGGAUUCUGCAUGGGCUCGGGGCUGUUGUUGCUGUCCCCGUCACCACCGAUGUGUCCUUUACUGAGGGGACAGCUUUCCCCAUGACAACAGAGGACAAGUGGGCCCGUGCUACCCUCCCUGCAGAGAUGAGCACCAUGGCAGCUGACACUGAGACCUUCCCUCCCUGGACUGAGACAGACCCAGUGACGGUGACAAGUGAAUAUGGCUCUUCAGUGCCAGCUUUGGUGAAUGGGACCAAGGCUCCUAACACAACCCAGAGUACUGAGGGAAAUUCAGCUGCUGCCAAUGCAGCCACUGCUGCCACCAUCACCGCACAGCACCCCGCUGUCACCCCAGAAGCAGUGCAGGAUGAACUAGAGGCCACUCCUGAUGUCCCUCUGGGGACCACCCCUGUCCUUGAGGAUGUGAAGGAGAACAUCCUUGCAGACAGAGGAGAAGACACAGACCUCAGUACUGCCACUGCAUCCCUCCACACCACCUCUCCACCAGCAGUCACCUGGGUGCCAGAGCCAACUGCUGGUGUCACUGUGCUGCUGAGCCAAGGGCUGACCACAGCCAAGGAGGAAAGUGUAAUCCUGCCUGGAGCUACUCAAAGUGAAGCCAGUGCCAGCUCCUCCUCAGGCCCCAGUCCUGAUGCCAGGGAGCUGCUUCCAACCCAGCAGGAUGGAGCAGUGGGUGGGGUUGAGGACAUUAACCCAGAGCCAGCAGGAGAAAUGGCCCCAGCUGAUGAGGAAAGUCCCUUGGCUUCAGAAUCUGGAGAUCCAGGAGAUGCAAUAAAUGGUGAAUUCAGCACAGCCAACUCAUCCCACCUACCUCCAGAGAGCCCGACAAUAUCAGGAGCAGUGGAAAACCCUGGGAAGUCCUCCCUCCUCCCUGGCCAGGCACUGAGCCCAGACACUUCACUGACACCAUCCAAUGGUGGGGAUGGGGAUGGGCAGGGAGUUCCCAGGGUGUCACCAGACACUUCUGGUUCAGCCUUGUCACCUGCAGCCAGCAGGGCACCAGUGGCACCUGAGGAAUCAGAGGACACUGCCACCUCACUGCCCGCCCUAGGGCUUCCCACUGGUGCACAGAGUGACACGAACCUCCCAGUCUCAGCCACUGCACUGACCACAGGGGAUGUGGGAGCUGUGGAUCAGGCCAGUCCAUCCCUCCAGCCUGCCCCAUGGCAGACCCCCACUGGAGAACAGCCACUGCUUCUUCCUGAUGCUCUGACAUCCCCCACAGACACCCCCAGUGCUCCUGAGCCAGAGGCUGAAGCCAGCACCCUGCCUGAAGCUGAUGGUGCAGCAGAGACACCAGCAAGUCCUGACCUCGCUACUGGCCCAGAAGCAGCCGUGUCUCCUUCUCUUGGGGAGCCACAGACAGCAGGGAUGCCAGCUGGAACUCCCCAGGAAGCCGAUGGACUUGGCACUGGCUUGAGUUCAGACUCAGACGCCCCCAGCCCAGCCCCUCUUGUACCUGAUGGGCUGGCAUGGCCCACUGCUGGGAUCCAGGGUCAGGGAGCUGAGGGGGUAGGGGACGUGGCACAGGUGGGAGGUCCAGGGGAUGCCAGUCCCCAUGAAGACACCCAGAGUGACAUGAGUCCCCCAGCCCUUCAGCCAGCAGUAUCUCCUGCUGAUAAUGGAGAGCUGCUGCCUGGAGGAACAGAAGACUUGGCAAAUGCUGAACUUUCCUCUACAUCAGCACUUGGGGAUGGAACAGAAGCAGGGGGAGCCCCAGCACUGGGACAAGUGUCCUCACUUGCACCUCCCAGCAAUGCUGGAAUGGAGCCUGGUCUGUCGGGAGCUGAAGGAUCAGGAGACCUGCCUGGUGAAUCUGCCAGUGCUCCUGGGGCUGUUUUCCCACCCCUGGGGUCUGUGGCUGGCCCUGUGUCUGAGGCAGAGACACCAGAGAGCCCUGACCUCGGUGCUGCCCAGGGGGCACCUGGAUCUCCAUCCUCUGGUGGCUCACAGCCAUGGGGAACAGCAGCUGGUGCUCCCGUGGGAUCAGGUCUCCCUGGAGCUGAAGGGCCAGACACCGACUCACCAUCAGCAUGGGACACCCCCAGCUCAGCAGUUCAUGGACCUGGGGCUGAGAGUGCAGGGGUUGUGGAGCAGGCAGGAAAUCCAGAGAGUGAAAAUCCCAACAUGGAGACAAGUCCUUCUACUGUCAGCCGUGAGCAGGACCUCACUAACACCGGAGAGCUGCCAGAAGAAGAUACAGGGGAUAUGAGACACCAGAGAGCCCUGACCUCGGUGCUGCCCAGGGGGCACCUGGAUCUCCAUCCUCUGGUGGCUCACAGCCAUGGGGAACAGCAGCUGGUGCUCCCGUGGGAUCAGGUCUCCCUGGAGCUGAAGGGCCAGACACCGACUCACCAUCAGCAUGGGACACCCCCAGCUCAGCAGUUCAUGGACCUGUAG